ACCUUACCUGACCCCCUGGAAUAAUUUUUAAGGUUUCCAAGUUCCCAAAGAUCCUGUAGCAGCAGAGAUUCAGAAUAGGGAGCUGAGCUAUCCAGAUUGGGGAGUAGAGGAGAGUUUAGUUGAUUACUUUUUAAUAUGAACUAGAGUACACUUUUUACCACAAAAACAUAAUUGCUAAAUUGCUGGGGGAAGCUACAGGGAUAUUGUCCACAGAGGGCAUCUUGAUAUCUAAACUCUCAUCUCUCAAGAUGCUCCGAGCACUUGGCUUUCUCUCUUUGGGUCUGAGGUACUGUGGAGAGUGGUUUGUGUCCUAAAUUUUAUCACCUUCUAGUAACCAAGUGCUUGCUAAGUCAGGUGAAGUCCAUAAGCAUUAAUUAGAUGCCUGCUGUGUGGAAAUACACAGAAAGAUUAAAACAGCCUUUGUUUCUCACCCCACCUCCCUUUUCUUUUUUUAUAUUAUUUUUAAAAAUUUAAUUAAAAAAAAGUCUUUCUUAAGGAGCUCACAGUCUACCUGAGAGAAGCCAAACUGACUAAUAUCCAGCCUCACUAGGGUAGAGGAAAGGUAGGACUGAGCUGUUUUGGGCCACAGCCCAGAGUGAAGGGGCAAUGUGAAAAGUAGGUGACUACUUUUCCCCUCCCCCUUCACACUGUUUACUGGGACACUAGGAGAUUGACAUCUAACCCGUUUCCUCCACCUUCUAGUCUGCAGUUGCAACAUGUGGUUUGCAAAGCAUUAUAGGAGAGCUGCAUGAAUUGGGUUCGGGAGAGUUCUGUACCCUGAGUGGGCCUGAGUCUCUGUGGCCACGGACCAAAGGGACCUGAGUCAGGCUGGAAGAACCAGGUGGGUCAGAGUCUGGGGCAUCCCUCCGGACCAGGCACACUGGCACUGUCUUUCCAACCCUGUCUCUGGGACAGACAGAGGUAAUGGGGAUGUUGGAGAGCCGGGAACUUCUGAGCCAAUCAGGAACCCCCUUUCCGGAGGAACAUCUCCCGAAUGGUUUGGAGAGGAGAGGGUUUGGACCAAGAAGAGCUUCCUGUGAGUCUGUCUCGGGGGAGCUAGGACGGGGUUUCAUCUUGGUGCUACCCAUGCUGAGUGAGGAGGAGGGCUACAGAAUGUUCCAAAGUCAUUUCCAUCCCGUUUGAGAACACCUUCUUCUCAAGAAGCUGCUUGUUGUAUAGGAGCCCCCCUUUUGAUGAGAGUCUGCUGGGGUCUGUGACUCUCCUCUGUCCUGCAAUGGCCUCCAACGACCAGAAUGGCGGAAGUAUCUCUUCUUCCAGCAGCCGCCUGCAGAGCCGAAAGCCACCCAACCUCUCCAUCACUAUCCCGCCCCCAGAGGACUCGGCCCCAGGUGAACAGGACAGCAUGCUACCUCCUGAGAGACCUAGGAAUCCAGCCUAUUUGAAGAGCGUGAGUAUGCAAGAGCCUCGAGGACGAUGGCAUGAAAACAGUUCAGAUCGCCGUCCUGGCUUUCGUCGCCAGGCUUCUUUGUCCCAAAGCAUCCGAAGAGGCACUGCACAGUGGUUCGGUGUCAGUGAGGAUUGGGAUGGAAAGAGACAGAACUGGCAUCGGAAGAGUCUUCACCACUGCAGUGUACGCUAUGGCAAACUGAAAGCCUCCUGCCAAAGAGACCUGGAGCUCCCCAGCCAGGAGGUGCCUUCUUUCCAGGGCAUUGAGUCCCCCAAAGCCUGCAAGAUGCCCAAGAUAGUGGAUCCACUUGCUCGGGGCCGAGCAUUCCGACACCCAGAUGAGGUGGACCGGCACCACCCCCCACUGCCACCACUGACUCCAGGUGUAUUGUCCCUCAGCUCCUUCACCAGUGUUCGAUCAGGUUACUCGCACCUCCCCCGUCGAAAGAGGAUGUCUGUGGCACAAAUGAGCUUUCAUGCUGCAGCUGCUCUCCUCAAGGGCCGAUCUGUACUGGAGCCCACAGGCCAGAAGCGCCGGGUGAUCAAAAGAAGUUUUGCCUGCCCCAGUUUCCAUGAAGAGGAUGUGGUGGAUGGAGUGGACACAUUUGACUCCUCAUUUUUUAGUAAGAUUGAUAUGCACGAGAUGGGUUCAAUGCCGGAUGAUGUCUUUGAGUCACCCCCACUCUCUGCCAGCUACUUCCGAGGGAUUCCAUGCUCUGCUUCUCCCCAGUCCCCUGAAGGUCUACACAUUCCCCUGAAGGAUUAUGUGGCCCCAGCUCCAGCCACCAAGCGGGGCCAGCGCAUUGCCUCCAAGGUUAAACACUUUGCCUUUGACCGGAAAAAGCGACACUAUGGGCUGGGUGUGGUAGGGAGCUGGCUGAACCGGAGCUACCGACGCAGCAUCAGCAGUACCGUGCAGCACCAGCUAGAGAACUUUAGCAGCCACCGGCCAUACUUUACUUACUGGCUGACUGUUGUGCACAUCCUGAUCACGCUCCUGGUGAUUGGCACCUAUGGCAUUGCCCCUAUUGGGUUCGCUCAGCAUGUCACCACCCAGCUGGUGCUAAGGAAUAAAGGCGUGUAUGAGAGUGUAAAGUACAUCCAACAAGAGAACUUCUGGAUUGGUCCAAGCUCGAUUGAUUUGAUCCACUUGGGGGCCAAGUUCUCCCCAUGCAUCCGGAAGGAUCAGCAAGUUGAGCGGUUGAUCCAGCGGGAAAGAGAUCAGGAACGGAACUCAGGCUGCUGUGUCCAGAAUGACAACUCGGGCUGCAUCCAGACUCAGCGGGCAGACUGCUCAGAGACUUUGGCUACUUUCACUAAAUGGCAAGACGACACCGGUCCCCCCAUGGACAAGUCUAACCCAAGCUUGAGGCGGACAUCAGGGGCUGUUUGCCACCAGGACCCCAGGACAUGUGAGGAGCCAGCCUCCAGUGGAGCUCAUAUUUGGCCAGAUGAUAUCACCAAGUGGCCAAUCUGCACAGACCAGGCCAAGAAUAAUCACACUGGUUUCCUUCACAUGGACUGCCAGAUCAAGGGUCGCCCAUGUUGCAUUGGUACAAAGGGCAGCUGUGAGAUCACAACCCGGGAAUACUGUGAGUUCAUGCAUGGCUAUUUCCAUGAAGAAGCAACACUCUGUUCUCAGGUACACUGCUUGGACAAAGUAUGUGGGCUUCUGCCAUUCCUGAACCCUGAAGUCCCUGAUCAGUUCUACAGACUGUGGUUGUCUCUGUUCCUCCACGCUGGGUUGGGGCACUGCCUCGUGUCUGUGCUCUUCCAAAUGACCAUCCUGCGAGACCUGGAAAAAUUGGCAGGCUGGCUCCGAAUUGCCAUCAUCUUUAUCCUCAGUGGGAUCACAGGCAAUUUAGCCAGCGCCAUUUUCCUUCCAUAUAGAGCAGAGGUGGGCCCUGCAGGCUCCCAGUUUGGCAUCCUGGCCUGCCUCUUUGUGGAGCUCAUCCAGAGUUGGCAGCUCCUGGAAAAGCCCUGGAAGGCGUUCCUGAACCUGUCAGGCAUUGUGUUCUUCCUCUUCAUCUGUGGGCUCCUGCCUUGGAUCGACAACAUCGCCCACAUUUUCGGGUUCCUUAGUGGCCUGCUCCUCUCCUUUGCUUUCCUGCCCUACAUCACCUUUGGCACGGGAGACAAGUACCGCAAACGAGCCAUGAUCCUGGUGUCCCUGGUGAUCUUUGCAGGUCUUUUUGCCUCCCUUGUCAUCUGGCUAUAUGUCUACCCCAUCAACUGGCCCUGGAUCGAAUACCUCACCUGCUUCCCCUUCACCAGCCGAUUCUGUGAGAAAUAUGAGCUAGACCAGGUGCUACACGGAUGAGCUUUCUUCAUCCUGGACUCCAGGCCUGCUAAAGGAUGGGAAGUGUCCCCUUUUGGGUAUCUGGUGCCACCAACGUUUGGGCCAUCCGAGAGGAGAAGAUGGAGAGUUCCGUGGAGUUUCCCUUUUCCUCUGUUGGGAGGUUCUGUGAAAGUGGGUGAUUAAAUACUCCUGGAGUCAGAGGGCACUCAUGGGCAGUUCCUACAAGAAAGUGGGAGCUGCAGCCGCUUGGCAUGGAGAAGUCGGGCAAGAGGCAUUUUGGGAGGUGGAGACCCCACUUUAUCUUAUAUCUUCAUGUUCUUGACUGAGGCCUUAGGGGAGGCCCAGGCAACCUGUUCCUAGGGAGCUCAGGUCACAAAGGUUCACGUCCUUUUGCCUUCCCUACACUGCUGUUAGGAGGCCAGAAAAUCUUUCCCCCCCAUCUCACACCCAAGGAACUGCUUUUUUAAAAGACCAUCCAAGAUUUUUGUGGAUGGUUUUCUUUUCCACCUUAGCCUUAGACUGUCCUGGUGCCUUCUGUCCCUUUAAUCCAUUCCCAGCCUGAAGAGGCCUUUUCAGUGCAAGGUCUCUCCUGCCAAAGCUGCCUUAAACCAUGAAGAUGUCUGAAGGGUCAGAUUCCGUUCCUUAACCUCCCCAUCCUCAAACUUUUCAAUGGUAGUUGGGGUUGUCAUGCUUUCCCCAUCUUCCCUGUCUUAAAGAAAGUAGGAAGUUUGUUGGAUACCCUUAAGAGAGAGAAAAGGGGAAGGACAGAGACAGGAGGAAAAGAUUAAGAAGGAAAAAUACUGCUUAGGGGGGAAUGGUUGGAUCUGGGAGUUGGAGGCUGCCUCUGAUUCUGUCCUUCACCUCUUCUUUCCCUUUUUCCCCCCUUCAACUGACUGAGAUUCUUCAGCAACACUCCCCAGCCCCAAUAGCUUUCUACCUCACAAUAUACCUGGCGAUGAGGAUGGAAUCUGGCUAGCUUUGGGGAGCUGAUUCAGGUUUGGAGAGUUCCUUUUUUUUUUUUUACUGGUUCGUUUUGGAAUUACUAUUUUUAAAACUUAGCCAGUUCAGUGAUAACUGUUAUGGACAGUAUCACUAAAUUAAAUAUUCUUUAUAGAAAA